AUGUUCUAUAGUUGGAAUGGCCUUUUAGUUUUGUUAUAACUGAUUCUUUCUGCAUGAUUCUAACGUUUUUGUUCGCUCCACUUUCCUGAAAAAUAUUAUAUAGGGACUGGCCCCAUAACCUGUAGUUUAUGUGGAUAUAAACAAUGUCGCAAACAAAGGACUGCCUGCACUUGUUAAGAAACUGUAUUAGUAAAAAGGGUUAGAAGGUCUGUUCAUUUCGGUCCUAUACCAACAGAACAAUCUAUUUAUGCUUCUUGGAGGGUAGGAGAGACUUCUACUUCUUCUGUGGAAGACGAAAGUCAGGCUGAAGGGUUUGAUCAAACAAAACCGUUACAAAUAGGAGAGGAUAUGGUAAUACGCUGCGAGAUAGAGGCAAGCACGAGGAUACCCAACCCCUGCGCGAUUGAACUAUCUGGCACUAAAAUUUAUAAUUACCCUCUUAGAGUAUUACAUGGGAAGUCAGACACGGAUAAUGAAUAUCCUUUUGUGGUAUCACUACAGACUGCUUCGCGUCGACGAUAUUGUACGGGUUCUCUCAUUGCUGAACGUUGGGUACUGUCUGCAGCUCACUGCUUUAACGAUCAGCCGAAGUUAGUAAGAUUUGGUAACAUGACUGUACCUGCGAAAGAAGCAACAUAUCGACCUAUACUUCGAAUGUUUCCUCAUCCCAAUUAUAGUGAGUUAGAAAACUAUUUAAUGAUAAACGAUAUUGGAUUAGUGUUGAUUAGUGCAAUAAAGGACGUCAAGAUGGUGAAAUUAUCGGCUGUCGACUACACGACAUUAAUUGGAUCACCGGUAAAGUAUGCCGGUUUUGGAAUGACUUAUAUUUUUUCUGUUUUGGAAGAUAACAGUCAGGCUGAAAGGCUUGAUCAAACAAAACCGUUACAAAUAGGAGAGGGCGUGGUAAUACGCUGCGAGACAGUAGAAAGUCUGAAGAUACCAACCCCUGCGGUGUGUGUGGCUCCACAAUGUUCCAACAAAUACGCUGAUUCAAAUUACGGAGAUUCAGGAGGACCCUUAUUCUAUAAAAAUAAAAUAGUGGCUGUAGUAUGCAGUGAUACCUCUGUUCGAGCAAUUGGACAAUAUACACCUGUCAGCCCAUAUAUACAGUGGAUAAACAUAGUGAUUGGACGAAAUUAA